UUGCAACUUGUGCUCGAUCAGUCAGUCUCAGUCUAGCGGCGUGCAUGUGCUGUGACGGUUUGCUGCGGGAACAACGGGUGUUUUCAUUGUUGCCGCUGCAACCGAAAGGACGCGUUUUAUCCGUCCGUUCGCUCAUCGUUCACGAAUUACAUCCUGGCGUGGACGAACGCACCGACGAGGCAAGCGGGAGGAAAGAAUAGGCGGUAGCACGAUAGGGAACAACGAUGGCUAACCUAAGACAGACCCCGUUGACGUGCAGCGGCCACACGAGGCCCGUAGUGCAUCUCGCCUUCUCCGACGUCACCGAGUCCGGAUAUUAUCUCAUCUCGGCGUGCAAAGAUGGCAAGCCCAUGUUGCGACAGGGUGAUACCGGAGAUUGGAUCGGCACGUUCGAGGGACAUAAAGGAGCAGUGUGGGGUGUAGCGUUAAAUCCACAGGCCACCAGAGCUGCAACCGGUGCAGCUGAUUUCAAUGCUAAAGUCUGGGACGCUAUCAAGGGAGAGGAGGUCCAUUCUUUCCAACACAAUCACAUAGUUAAAUCGGUCAACUUCAGUACCGAUUCCAAUCAUCUGUGCACUGGCUCUAAUGAGAAACUCGUACGCAUUUAUGAUCUUAAUAAACCGGAAGCGUCUCCGCAGAUCUUUUCAGGUCACGCGAGUGGUAUCAGACACGUCACCUUCUUCGAUAACAACUCUGCCUUAAUUACCUGCGCGGACGAUAAGACAUUGAGGGUGUGGGACAGGAACAGCGGGCAGGAGAUCAAGAGACUGGAUUUCCCCGCAAUUCCAAGCUCUAUGGAGGUGUCGAAAGACGGAAGCAUCAUCACCACGACCCACUCAAACAUCGUUACGUUCUGGGACAGCAAAGAAUUGACCAAGAUAAAAGAGUUUGCCGCUCCGACUCAAGUUAACAGCGCUAGUCUGCAUCCAGAUUGCACUAUGUUCGUGUGCGGUGGGGAAGAUUUCAAAAUGUACAAGUUUGACUACAACACGGGAGCGGAGCUGGAAUCAUUUAAAGGUCACUUCGGGCCUGUGCACUGCGUGCGCUUUUCGCCGGACGGUGAAUUGUACGCCAGUGGAUCGGAGGACGGUACUCUGAGACUGUGGCAGACGGUGAUCGGCAAGACCUAUGGAUUGUGGCGCUGCAUCGAGCAGACGCCAACGAUACAGGAGAACGUCGCCGUGGUGAACAACAAGCAAGAAGUUCCUGCCAGUUAAGCCUAAGAGAAACGGGAUUUCCCGGAUAUUUCCCAAGACAACUCGGAGACGAAGGACAUCUUGGACCAAAAUCGAGCGAGCGUCUUGGAUCUCUGCGUCAAACGCAUCGAACGAAGCGAUUUCCUUUCUGGGUCACCGCGUUAGGUACUGGGAUUCUUUGUAAAUAAUGGAAACCUCGGAAAGGGAGACCCCCGCUUGCCGCCUCCGUCGAGGUCUCGCGCUUCACUCUCCUGCAAGACGGAAAGUGAGAGGACCAAAUCCGUGCCCUUGGCAGCGCACUGGACGAUCGUCAUUUAUAUAUCACAGGGAAAAAGAAACUACAAAGAAGAAAAAGAAAUAUUAACAUUUAUUAACAUUA